CCUGCUGCUGUGAGUCGUGGAGAGGAGAUGAAGUGAAGUAUUGAUAACGAGCUUAGAGAGAAGUCGUCCCCGGAGGAAUACGGCGGAGGAUUUAACACAACACACCGGGUGUACAUGUGAUUCAUAGUUUCACUUUCACUCGUAUCCGUUUUAACGCUUGUUCUGCCUUUAUUGACUGUCCAAAGUGCUGAGAAAACGAGUGAACUCCGAGAGCAGCGGCUGAUCUUUGACUUUAAUCAACGUGUGGACCGAGUGACAGGACUUCAGGACAGGACUUAAUGCAUGCUUGUACUACAGCAUGCUUUAAGGAAACCAGCAGCAUCAUACAUCAUCCCUGCAGUUGAAAUUGUAGCUUCUCCCUGACAUGGCGUCCUCCCCUGGGCUGGAUUCUGACUCAGUGCCUUUGCUUCAGCUUCAGGAGGUGGACUCCAGUAAAACUUCAGAAAGACCCAACUCCCCAAGUCUCCUGCCUGCUGUGUACAGCCCCCCUCGAAAUAUGGACAACCACACAGUCUACAUCCCCUCUCCAUACACGGACAAUAGUCCAGAGUACCAUCAUGGUCAUGGACCUCUGACUUUCUACAGCCAGUCUGUGCUUAGCUAUGCUAGACCACCUGUUACUGACAGCCCAUCAUCCCUGUGUGCCCCCCUUAGUCCGUCAGCCUUUUGGCCCCCACACAGCCACCCUAACAUGCCCUCAUUGACGCUGCGUUGCCCCCAGCCUCUAGUCUACAAUGAGCCUGGCUUACAUCCACCUUGGCUGGAGCCAAAAUCUCACAGCAUCAACAGCAACAGCUCGAUCAUCAGCUGUAACAAGCCACUGGGGAAGAGAUCAGAAGAAGGAAUGGAUGGUGUGAACUCCUCCUUGUGUUCAUCUGCAGUAGGGAAAGCUGACAUGCACUUCUGCGCCGUGUGUCAUGACUAUGCCUCGGGGUAUCACUACGGCGUGUGGUCCUGCGAAGGCUGCAAGGCUUUUUUCAAAAGGAGUAUCCAAGGACACAAUGACUACAUCUGCCCCGCCACAAAUCAAUGCACUAUCGACAAGAACCGGCGUAAAAGCUGCCAGGCCUGUCGCUUACGUAAAUGCUACGAAGUGGGAAUGAUGAAAUGCGGUGUAAGGCGUGAGCGCUGCAGUUAUCGAGGUGCCCGACACCGACGUGGUGGCCUCCAGCCUCGGGAUCCUACAGGCAGGGGUUUGGUCAGGGUGGGGCUGGGUUCUCGGGCACAGCGGCAACUCCAUCUGGAGGGUCCCCUGGCCCCUGUUGGCCCCCUUCCUCAGGCGAACCACAAACAUCACACUGCCAUGAGCCCAGAGGAAUUCAUCUCUCGCAUUAUGGAGGCAGAGCCUCCAGAGAUCUACCUAAUGGAGGACUUAAAGAAACCCUUCACUGAGGCCAGCAUGAUGAUGUCCCUCACCAAUCUCGCGGACAAAGAACUUGUCCUGAUGAUCAGCUGGGCCAAAAAGAUCCCUGGUUUUGUAGAGCUGAGUCUUACUGAUCAGAUCCACCUCCUAAAGUGCUGCUGGUUGGAGAUUCUGAUGCUUGGCCUCAUGUGGAGGUCUGUGGAUCAUCCUGGGAAAUUAAUCUUCUCACCAGACUUCAAACUCAACAGGGAGGAGGGACAGUGUGUGGAGGGCAUCAUGGAGAUCUUCGACAUGCUGCUGGCUGCCACCUCUCGCUUUCGUGAGCUGAAGCUACAGAGGGAGGAGUACGUCUGUCUCAAGGCCAUGAUCCUCCUUAACUCCCAUCUGUGCACGAGCUCCCCUCAGACAUCUGAGGAGCUGGAGAGCAGGAAUAAGCUGUUGCGUCUGCUGGACUCUGUGAUCGAUGCUCUGGUCUGGGCCAUUUCUAAACUGGGCUUGUCGACCCAGCAGCAGACUCUGCGCCUAGGACACCUCACCAUGCUGCUCUCCCACAUCCGCCAUGUCAGUAACAAAGGCAUGGACCAUCUGUCCACCAUGAAGAGGAAGAACGUGGUUCUUGUGUACGACCUUCUCCUGGAGAUGCUAGACGCCAACACAUCUAGCAGCAGCCAAUCAUCAUCCUCACCGGGCUCUGACACAUACUCAGACCAGCAGCCAUACCCCCAACAUCCAUCUCACAUGCAGCCGGAUUCAGACCAGACAACUCCUGAGCACAACCACAUGUCUGCACAUGGACCAGGUGAAGGACGGAUGCUGGACGAACAGCUGACGGCUCUGCCCCUCCAUUCAUCUCCUCAGUUUCAGAGUCAGAUGGCGGCUCAUAUGGACAGAAAUGAUUACAUCCAUCAGCAGCAGUGGUCAGUGGAGACGGGAGAUGCAGGUCCAUCAGUAGAACCACCGCACUACAUAAUCCCUGAUCGAGUUGUAAUGGAAACAGCUCUAGAGGUGACAGGACUGUGAGAGACUACCUGAAA